UGUCACUUUUUGGGUUCCGACCAGGCGCCAGCACACCCCCACCGUUGUUCUAUAAAUCCAAAGCCCGCUUUUGCUUUCUCUUUCCCCCGGAAUUCCCACAAAUUCAAUCCUCCCCGUAAAGGUAAGAAGAAAGCAAACACUGCAAAUUUUGCUUUUCUCUGCGACAAAAAGUGGGAAUUUCGCAGAAUCGUUUCAGGCUUUGAGUUCUUGCGAUUUCCGCUUCAAUUUCUUUAAACUUGAGUUCUCUGAUCGGAGUUCCGAUGACCCAACUGAAGCCCAUACUCUCACACUUAGACCCCAUCAUCCCCUCCUCCACCGGAAAGUUCAAGUCGUCGCCGUAUGCCGUCCACCGCCUGCGUUUUCACCCGAGACUCACUUUUUGGUCUUUUCUCUUCCUCUUUUUCCUGCUUCUUUUCUUCUUUUGCUCCCCUCCGGCCGCCUCCAACGCCGGGAAACGCCGCAGCCUGCAGAAUACCGCAUAUUCGGCGCGGGCCCGUCCAGGCCCGAAUUGGGAGGUCAAGGCCAGGAACUCCGCACGGCCCCAGUCGAAGUCAGGGGUCACGGUUCUGGUAACGGGGGCUGCAGGGUUCGUCGGAACCCAUGUCGCCAUGGCCCUGAAAAACAGAGGAGACGGCGUAGUGGGCCUCGAUAAUUUCAACAAUUACUACGAGACCGGGCUGAAAAAAGCCCGAAAAAGCCUCCUUGAGCGGCGAGGCGUGUAUAUCAUCGAAGGCGAUAUAAAUGAUGCUGCUUUGUUGGGUAAGCUGUUUGAGAUUGUGCAUUUUACACAUGUGAUGCACUUAGCAGCCCAGGCUGGAGUUCGCUACGCAAUGCAGAAUCCAAAUUCUUACAUCCAUAGUAAUGUAAAUGGCUUUGUUAGCUUACUUGAAGCAUGCAAGAACGCCAACCCUCAGCCAAGUAUAGUGUGGGCCUCAUCGAGCUCUGUUUACGGGCUCAAUUCGAAGGUGCCAUUCUCAGAAAAGGAUAGAACUGAUCAGCCUGCUAGCUUGUAUGCAGCCACUAAAAAGGCUGGUGAAGAAAUAGCACACACUUACAAUCAUAUCUACGGGCUUUCCAUCACCGGGCUGCGAUUUUUCACUGUGUAUGGCCCGUGGGGAAGACCUGACAUGGCCUAUUACUUCUUCACUAAGGAUAUAUUGAGAGGUAAAGAGAUCAAGAUUUUUGAAGGGGCUGAUCAUGCUACUGUUGCUAGAGACUUUACAUACAUUGAUGAUGUGGUUAAGGGUUGUUUAGCGGCUUUAGAUACUGCUAAAAAGAGUACGGGGAGCGGGGGAAAGAAGAAAGGAGCAGCGCAAUUGAGGAUAUAUAAUCUGGGGAAUACAAGCCCUGUGCCUGUUGGGAAGCUUGUGAGCAUACUAGAGAAGUUGUUGAAAAUUAAGGCGAAGAAGAAGUUCUUGCCAAUGCCAAGAAAUGGGGACGUCUUGUUCACACACGCUAACAUAAGCUUAGCGAGGAAGGAGCUCGGUUACAAGCCCACCACUGAUUUGGAGAUGGGUUUGAAGAAGUUUGUGAAGUGGUAUCUUAGUUACUAUGGUGCGAAGAAGAAGAGCGCAUGGUGAAUUCCUCAAUGAUCAUUACGAUUUUGUUUCGAUUUUGGGGGUGGUUUACAUAUCUUGGCUUUCAUUAUCAAUUGCCCAUUUCAGUUUAUGUCCGUAUGCCGUAUUGCCUUGUCUAAUUGCGAUAAUGAGUUCUGUCCUGCAUUUGCUUGAUGCUCGAUAUGUUUAUGGACCAAGUAAAUAAGUUCUCUUAAUUGAUUUACCACAUUGUUUGCUUUAGCUAUUCUCUUUGUAGGCAAAGAUUGUACAUUAGCUGAUAGUGCAGAUAUGUGCUCCUUUGUGAACAUUUCCUCACUCUCUGAGAAGUUAAUAAAAGAGCGCUAGCGGUGAACGGUUCUCUUCCAUUA